AUGGAGCAGCAUAUGGUGCAAACCCUGAUCGAGAUCGACGGGCGGAUCCCCGGCGCCCUCCGCGUCGCGUUCGGCAUCAGCGGCCGCCCCACGCCGGCGCCCGGGCACCACGACGAGGUCGCGAACUUCGCCGCCGUCCUGCUCGCGCCGCGCGAUGGCGCCAGCGAACCCAUGGACUGCGACGAGCCGGUGGCACCGGGAGGCCUGAGGAUGGUGUUCGAGUCGUGCUACAUAAAGGAUCACGACGAGGACGCGCAUUUCGGGCACGCCGCGGCCGGCGUCGUCGGCGUGGCGGACGGCGUCGGCGGCUACCGCGACCGGGUGGACGCCUCCGCGUUCUCGCGCGGGCUCAUGAACAACGCCUACAUGGAGGUGGUGACCGCCGCGCCCGGCACGCAUGUCUGCCCCCGCACGCUGCUGGAGCGGGCGCACAUGAUGACGGCCGCGGCGGGCACGCCCGCGGCGUCCACGGCCGUCAUCGUCUCCCUCGCCGGCAGGACCCUCAAGUGGGCGUACGUCGGCGACAGCGGCUUCCUGGUGUUCCGCGACGGCAGGAUCCUGGCCCGGUCGCAGCCGCAGCAGCACUCCUUCAACUGCCCUUACCAGCUCAACUCCGAACGAGACGGCACCAGUGUCGCCGAGGCGGAGGUCGGCGAGGUCCCGGCGAAGGAAGGCGACAUUGUGGUGGUGGGCACCGACGGGUUGUUCGACAACGUGACGGAGGACGAGCUCGAGCGGAUCGUGCGCAUGGGCACGGCGCUCGGGUUCUCGCCCAAGAACAUGGCCGAAGUCAUGGCGGCCUUCGCUUUCGAGGCGGCGAGGUGCGGCAACAGAGACACGCCGUACAGCGUCUUGGGCCGGAGCGAGCCAGGGCGGGCGUUUUUCACUGGCGGCAAGCCGGACGACAUCACCGUUGUCGUCGCCUACAUUGUGCCAUCCUCCCUCUGA